AUGGAACAUCGGUUUCCAAGAGAUAAACUUAAAAGACAAAUAUGGACAGUAGCACUGAGGAGAAGGGACUUUGAGCCAAAUGACCGCUCAGUCGUCUGUAGCCAUCAUUUCAAGUCAGAAGACUUCGACAGGACUGGACAGACAACCCGUUUAAGGGAAGGAGUGAUCCCUUCAGUUUUUAUAUUUACAAACCAACUUCACAAGGCACCCAGUACAUCCAGCUCAAACCACACCUCACACAGGACUACAGUAGAACAUCUGGAUGUCCUGGAUGUUCAGCUAGCAAAGGAUCUUGACAAGUCCGUGAGUGAAAGUCCAGAUCAUCUGUAUGCCCUUGACCCAGUUAAAGUAAAAGAACGGUUAACUGAGGCUCAGGAAAAGCUGGAGGAAUUGCGAAGGGACUUAAGAAAUGCUAAGGACCAGGAAAGAAGACAUAAGAAGACAAUGAAGACGCUACUGAAGGAUUUAAAACAGAAACGCAUGCUUACAGAGGAACUUCAGCAGAAGCUUGAUGUUGUUCUUGUUGGUUGA